AUGGUAGCCUCUGUGCAACGUGUUGCCAAUGCCAACGCGCGUUUUGAUGCUGUUUUAACCAUUGUACUGUCGAACGACACCGGAUCUACCUUACAGACCCUUACGCCCAUGGACGUGGCAGCGCUUGGAGUCGACCCUGACUCGCUCGCGAACGAGGUCUUUGUCACGACAGCCGCAGGCAUUGUGCCACUCAAGACCAUGUCGAUCACGAUGCAGAUGCUGCGACCGAACCUUCCUUGGAAUCCAAUGACACGUUGGUUCUCAGAAGUAGCUGUGAUUAACCCCCAAGCAACGGAACGGCUGUCAGGUCUGGAGAUGCGCAACCACCUCUACUUUGCAACCGCACCAGGAAACCGAAUGUUAUACGUAUCGUCGACGAAAACAGCUUUGAGAGACAUAUUGCCUGCAGGUUCUGGGUAG